AUGCUCCUCUCCAAAUACCCAUACACCGCCUCUCACUCUUCCCCGCCGCUGAAGAAUUUGCGUGUAUCAUCACCACAGAAGCGAGCCGCCAAUCUUUCCUCUAUCCAUAAUCCAACUCGUGAGGAGCUCUCGAUUUCCCAUGAGGACCCUGGAAACCCUUGUCUCCACGCCUCAACUCCCACAUUCCUACGGCGAAAUUCGGUACGACCAACCACAGACACGUCUGCCAGUGUUGCAUCCCGCGCCAACAACGUCCCGUGCCACUCCUGGGCUGUCGAAGCUCGAGCGCCCACCGGUUGCGGAAAGGAUGUGUGUCUCGCUUGA